AGUGAAAAAUUAAUAGAUGCUAUAAAAGAAAAGGGUAUCAUAGAUAAUGCAUCAAGUGAAAUUCAAAGUAUAGAGAAAUUGUUAAUGCUACACAAACUAAGUAGUAUUAUGGAUAAUAUGAGAAAAAAUUUUCAAAAAGCUAAAGAAGAAGAAGAAAUUAUAAAAGAAAAAUUUUCGGAAUCGGAAAAAAUAAAAAAAGAAAUAUUAGUUGAUUUUCAAAAGGCAGAGGAAUUAAGAGAUUCGCUUAUAGAAAAGUUAGAUGAUAAUUCUAUUAAUACCUAUAUAGAAGAAAUUAGAUCAAUUAAUGAUCUCUUUGCAACUAAAAUUGUAAGUGUAAGUGAACUUUUGACGAUAGCUGAACAAUAUAAUGGAAAUUGCAAACUAUAUUAUCAUAGCAUAGAAAGAGGAAAAGAUAAAAUAGAAUAUUUAAAAAUUCAUGACUAUAAUGAAGAAAAAAAAAUAACAGACGACGUAAUAGAGGAGAUAAAUAGGUAUGUGGAGGAAUCUGGAACUUACUCCAACGAAGCAGAUAAAUUUACAAUAGAAGCUAGAAAAAAUUACGAAUUAUCUUGUAUAUAUAAAGAAAAGAUGAGUAACCUUUUAGACGAGUCUUUAUUGUUAGGAGAAAAAAUAAAAGUUGAAAUAAAAAAGAAUGACGUAACAGAUAUGUUGAUAGAGAUAAGGAUGAUUAUUACAAUUAAUGAUAUCUUUGCAACUAAAAUUGUAAGUGUAAAUGAGCUUUUGACGAUAGCUGAACAAUAUAAUGGAAAUUGUAAAUUAUAUCAUCAUAGCAUAGAAAGGGGAAAACAUAAAAUAGAAUAUUUAAAAAUUCAUGAUUAUAAUGAAGAAAAAAAAAUAACAGACGACGUAAUAGAGGAGAUAAAUAGAUAUGUGAAAGAAUCUGGAAAUUACUCCAACGAGGCAGAUAAAUUUGCAAUAGAAGCUAGAAAAAAUUAUGAAUUGUCUUGUAUAUAUAAAGAAAAGAUGAGUGACCUUUUAGACGAGUCUUUGUUGUUAGGAGAAAAAAUAAAAGUUGAAAUAAAAAAGAAUGACGUAACAGAUAUGUUAAUAGAGAUUAAGGAUGGUUAUUAUGAUAUUAAAAAUAUAUUAGAAAAAUUAGUGCGAAAAUUAAAUAAAUUAAAAGAGAAAGAUGUGAGUAUAAAAGAACAAGAUAAAGAAAUGGCAGAAAACAAAAAGUCAAUGGAUGCAUUUGGUUUAAUUACAGUUAUAAAAAAAAAUUCGGAUAAUUUUCUAGCAGAAAUAGAAACAUUAAAGCAAAAGGCAUCAAAUAUUUUAGAUAAUUCUGAAAGUGCAUUUGAAUCCACUUCAACAAAGAAUGAAACAAAUGAAGAAGAUAUCUCUAAUAAACUAAAAAUUAUGGAAGACAAUUUGAAAAACGUUUUAGAAGCUUUAAAAAAAAUGGAAAGUAAUAAACAAAUUUUAUGCACUGAAUCAAGUAGAAUAAAAGAAAUAGAAAAUAGAGUUAAUAGUAUGGAGAGUGAAAUCGAAAUAUAUGAGAAAUCUUAUGAAGAAGGAAUUAUUUCAACAAAAAAUGAAACAGAUGAAGAAGAUAUCUCUAGUAAACUAAAAAUUGAGGAAGACAAUUUGAAAAACGUUUUACAAGUCUUAAAAAAAAUGGAAAGUAAUAAACAAAUUUUAAGCACGGAAUCAAGUAGAAUAAAAGAAAUAGAAAAUACCGUUAAUAGUAUGGAGAGUGAAAUGGAAAUAUAUGAAAAAUCUUAUGAAGAAGGAAUUUUGGAGGAGAUAAAAAGAUUAGCUGAUAAAGAAAAGGAAAACUUUGAACUUUUAAUGAAAUCAAUAAAAUUGAAAAUUGACAAUACUGUCAAUAUUUUAGAGGAAUUAAAGUUAGAAGAAAAUAAUAUUUCACACAAAUUUGAAGAUACUAAAAUAAAAUUAAAUGUAAUAUUUGAUAUAUUUGACAAAUCCUAUAAAAAUAUAGAAAGGUUUGCAUUACACAUUACGGAAUCUACUACAACAUAUAUUGAUAUAAAAGAGAAGAGAGAAAAAGCCAAAAUAGAAAAGGAAAAUAUUGAGAAGCAAAAAGAAGAAAUGGAAAAAUUGAUAAAUAUUAUAAAUAAUAUUAAAAAAAAUGAGACUUUAAAAUUAAUACUAUAUAUGAAGAAAGAGUUAGAUAAAGUGAAUGAGAAAGCUGAAGAAGAGUAUUCAAGAAUGAAAAUGAACAUAGAAUAUAUUAAAAAAAAUGUUGAGAGUAUAAAAAAUUCAGAUAGUGUAAGUAGUGCAUUGAAUGAAUUAAAUAAUGCAAAAGGUAAGGAUAGUGAAAUAAGACAAAGUAAAAUAACAUAUUAUUCUUAUAAAGAUGAAAUAGACUUAAUUUAUAGUAAUAUGGAUAAAGCAGUAAAUUUUAUAGAUGUGAAUAUGGAAACUGUAUCAGAAUUGGAAAAUUAUGAAAGUUUAAAGAAUACAAAAGAUAUUAUUUUAAAAAUACAAGAAAAUUUGGGUGAUGUAGAUGAAAAAGUAAGAGAAAGUCAAAGCAUUUUAAUAAAAGCUGAAAGUAUUUACAAAGAAGUAAAAUUAAGAGAUGAAUUAAAAAAAAAAAUUAAGGGAACGAUAAAGAAAAUUGAUGAAAUUUUCCCCAUGAUACAGGAUUCACUUAAUAAAUAUGAAAAAAUAAAAAAUAUAAGUGUAGAUGAUGAAAAUUAUGACGUAAUUUUUAAAAUUGGUAAGGAUUAUGAGAGUUUAAAAGGUCUUUCAAAUUCUUACAUGGCGAAAUUAAGUGAAAUAGAUAGAGAAUUAAGUAUAAAUGUAAUAAAAAGUGAACUUGACGAUAGUAAAUUUAGUUUAAAUGAUUUAGAAAAUCGUAUUGAAGCAUCAAAAAGAGAUGAAUAUUCUAGUGAAAUAUUAGAGGAAGUAAAAUGUAACAUUGAUAGGAUUAUAAAUGAAAUAAAUGAUAAAUAUAGCAAUGUUUUAGAAAUAGAUAGGUCAUUUGAUGAAUUACUAGAGUUAGGAAUAAAUUAUAAAUUAUCUUUUCAAUCGAUGGUUAUUACAAGUGUUAAUGUGGAAGUAUCAAAAGACGUGCUUAUAAUAGAGAAAAAACAAAAAGAUGUUGCAUCAUGUAUACAAUAUAUUAAAAAUUGUUGUGAUUCUAUAACUAAUGAUAUUAAUACAUUAAAUAAAAGUUAUAAUAGAGAUAUGCUGAGUGGGUAUAAAUCGAGCAAUAUUGAAAAUGCAAGUAAAAUUUUGGAGGAGUUUAAAGUAAAGGAAGAAGAGGCAAUAAAAAUGUCGAGUGCUAUACAAAAAUUGUUUUUAAUAAUGAAUAAAAAUAAAGAUGUAAAUAAAGUGGAUGAAUAUAUACAAGAACUGAAAGAUAUCUAUGAAAAUUUCCAAAAAGAAAAGAUAUAUAUAAAUGAAAUUUUUAGAAAUAUUAAUGAUAGUAAAUUAAAAGAAAUGGAGGAAACUUCUGAGAAAUAUAUUGAGAUAGCAGAUUCCCAUAAAACUAUUGUAGAAGAUCAAAAAGAGAAGUUUUUAAGCAUCAAGAGUAAGUUAAAGGAAAUUGAAGAUUUUUUAAGGGAAAAAAAAGAAAAUUUGCACAGCAUUGAAUUCUCAGAUUUAGAAUAUAUAAAGAAGGUUAAUGAAAUUUAUGAAGAAAUUGAACAUAAAGUUAUUGAUAUAAGUGAAUUAGAAAAUGAUAAUAAUAGUGAAAACAAUAAAAUUAUAAUUUACACCGAAAAAAUUUCUUACUAA